AUCGUUCUAUGACUUUUCUAGAUGAUUAGACGCGGUUUUAGUUUAGCAGUUUAUGCCAUUUAUGCGUUUAUGAUAUAUGUUGACAGUUGCAAUGUCUAGUGAAGGUGAUUCCUCAAAAAGUGUGAUAUCUGAGUCCAACGAGAAGAGUGGAACAGAUAACAACACCGAUGAUUCUUCUCAAGAUUCCCAUGAUGUGAACGACAUCAAAGCUGCUAAAGCUUCUGAUGCACCCACUGAAAACAAUUUGGAAAGUAAGGAUGAGGAGGAAAAAUCUAAAGAAGAAAUAGAGGAGGAGGAUAAAAGUUCGGAAAAGUCGCCUGAAAAAGUAGAUAAGGCCAACUCUGAUAAAAAGGAGAAAGGUGAUAGUGAAGAUGAUGAGGACGAGGAGGAAGACGAAGUAGAAAGUGAGGAAGUAGAUGGCGGAGAGAAGGAAGAUAAAAGUAAGAAAGAUAAGGACGAGAAAAAUAAGAAAGGCAGUGAGAAAACCAAGAAAGAGAAGGAAAAGAAGGCAAAAGGAGAGUCAAAAAGUGAAGACAAUAGCGAGAGGGAAGAUGGAGAAAGUGAAAAGGAUGAUAAAGAUGGAGAUAAAGAGGUACCUUUACUUGAUCAACCUCUUGAAAAAUCUGGCAAGAGAGAACGGAAAGGCGUACAGAGAUUCAAUGAAGAAUUUAAUGCCGAACCUAAGGAGGGGGCCAAGGUGGAAUUUGUUGAAGGCACUGGAACGCCUCUUGGAGAUAUCCCACGUGUCGAUGCGUCAAUAUCUCGGUUUAAAAAUGACGAUUUGAAAUUCCUUCAUCGACUUCUCUUCAAAGUCAUUGGCAAAAAUACACUGAUCAAAAAGAAUAUCAGGAAGUUUAACGGUUUUGAUUUCAAAAAAGAUAGUGAAGAGUAUGAAAAGAAAGUUGCAUUUGCUGGCAAAUUUGAAGUAAAACAGUUGAAAAGCAUGUGUGAGAUGUUAGAUUUGCCCAAAUCUGGUGUCAGAGAUGAAAUUGCUCAGAGAAUUGUCGAUUUUUUGGUAGAACCAAAAGAUUCUGGAAAACCAGUGGACGGUGGAAGACCUAAAAGAAGUGCAGCAGUGAAAGCCAACAAUAGAGGGUAUUCUUCACAUGAUGACUAUUCUAGUGACGAAAAGCACUCCUCCAGAGCUCGUCGAGAUAAAGGUAAGAGACCAAACCUCAAAGAAGAUAGUUCCAGUGAUGAAGAAUUCAAACCUAACUUAUCCGACGGUAGUGAAAAAAAAUCUCGCACCAAACGUAAGAGAGGAGCCCAGAAAAAAAAGUCAUCGGAAGAAGAAGAAGUGAGUGAUCCAAGCAUAGCAUCUUCCGAUGAAUCAGAUGAUGAGCCAAAGUCAAAACGUAAAAAGAGUCCUGUCAAAGCCAACAACAAAUCUAAAGCAAAAGCAACACCAGCACGGAAAGGCAGAGCUUCGGCGCCAGCAAAGAAGACUCCAUCUCGAGGUAGAAAGUCGAAGGCAAAGGCAGAAAGUUCUGAUGAAGAAGAGAGCGAACACAAAGAGGAGGCCAGUUCGUCUGAAGAUGAACCUCUAGUUAAGAAGGCGAAAAGUAGUCAACCGCCCACAGAUGAUGAAAUCAAAACUUUCAUUAAGAGUAUAUUGGAAGGUGCAAAUCUGGAAGAAAUAACUAUGAAGACUGUUUGCCAACGAGUCUAUGACCACUAUCCAGAUUUUGAUCUCACCCAAAAGAAAGAUUUUAUCAAAACUACUGUAAAGUCGCUGAUAUCAACGUGAACUAAAAAUGAUUAUUGUAGUUUGUAAGAGAACUUCAUAGAACAACAAUUUUGAAAAAAUGUUUGUUCGAGUACAAAAUUCAAAUUGUUUUAUUUCCCGUUUUUUAUCUUUCUGCAUUUUAUUGAUUCUACUUGUUGGAAAACUUAACAAAUGAUGAUUAUUUAUAAAUAAAAGUUUUACAUCUUG